CUGGUCUCUGUUGGACAAACCGAACAGGUUGGUUGUUCGAUCGCUGGGGCCACGAUUCGGUUUCAGUUUGGACUGCGAGCAGCGACGAUGUCGACGCCACUGACGGAGACGGAGCAGGUGGCCAAGGCGGCGGUCGCCAAGGCACUGGAGGAUCGGAAGGAGCGCAAGAUCUAUGAUAACUUUGCCACGCCGCUGGCGGGCACCUUUCUCAAUCUGCCCCACGAAUCGGUGGCCAUCAAGUGUCCCGCCUGCGGUGUCCAGGAUCAGAGUGUGGUGCAGAACGAUCUCAAGUGGUGGGCCAGUGAGCUCAAUCGCAUAUUCGGCUGUCUCUUCGUGACCUGCUGCUGUUGCUGCUGCUUCAACUACUAUGUGCCCUGCAAGCAAACGGAUCGGAGUCACUACUGCGGCAACUGUGGCUGCUACUUCGGACGCAGCAUGAAGCGGCGGGCGCCACUCAAGCUGAAGGCAACCAAAUAGCCCAAAAAUAUUUCAAAUAUUUCGCAUUUCAACUAGCAACCAAAAACCAACAACCAACAACCAAAAGCCAAAAGCCA